CCAUAGUAGGUACGAAUGAGGCCAGGGGUAGGUUCGGAGACUAGGUUGGGAAGAGGUUCGGACGAGAGAGGGAGGAAGGGACCGAGAGGGGAAGCGAGAGAGAGAGCUCGGUGUCGCCAUAGCCAGCCCAGUCCAGUGAAGCCAGCUGCAACGAUGGCGUCCAGCGGGAAGAAUACGCCUGACGGCAAAGCUGCGAAGGCGCCAUCGAGCACAGCAUCGGUAGCGCCUUCGUCGUCGUCUCUGAAUGUGGAAAAAUGGGAUUCGUUGAUGUCGUCUAUCAAGAAUUUCAAGCUCAAGACGAAGCAGCAGGAGCUUCUCAUUCGCAUCGCGGUACUGGUGCUGAUUUACAUUCUGGCCUUCGCGACGCGUUUGUUCAGCGUGUUGCGGUACGAGAGUGUCAUCCACGAGUUUGAUCCUUACUUUAACUACCGCACCACUCUGUAUUUGACAGAGAAGGGUUUUUCGGAGUUUUGGAACUGGUUUGAUUAUGAGAGCUGGUAUCCGCUGGGCCGCAUUGUCGGCGGGACUUUGUACCCCGGGCUUAUGGUUACGGCCGCGAUCAUCUACUGGACGUUGCGCUUUUUCAGUUUCGCGGUGCACAUCAAGGAUGUGUGCGUUCUCACGGCCCCCUUCUUUGCCUCUAACACAGCCAUGGUGGCGUAUUUCUUCGGCACCGAGCUCAGGGAUCGGGGAACGGGGCUUGUGGCUGCCAUAUUGCUGGCCAUUUGUCCUGGUUACAUUUCUCGCUCUGUGGCGGGGUCGUAUGAUAACGAGGCAGUCGCAAUUUUCGCUCUUGUGCUUACAUUCUACCUAUUUGUGAAGGCUGUGAAUACGGGUUCGUUGGUUUGGUCUCUGUUCUCGGCCUUCGCAUAUUUCUACAUGGUCUCUGCGUGGGGAGGCUAUAUUUUUAUCAUCAACCUUCUACCAAUUUAUGUAUUGGUGCUGUUGGUUACUGGGCGAUACUCAGUCCGGUUGUAUAUUGCUUACAACACAGUGUACAUCAUAGGCAUGCUACUGGCUAUGCAGAUUAGGUUUGUUGGUUACCAGCAUGUGCAGUCUGGGGAGCACAUGGCAGCCAUGGGAGUCUUCUUCCUUAUGCAGGUGUUUUAUCUGGUUGAGUAUGUGAAGAAACAGCUUGGUGACCCUAAAUUAUUCAAGGCGUUUCUACGAGUUACAGUCACUUUGGCAGUUGGUGCAGGGGCAUUGGCAUUGAUAGUUGGUUUGGCCACUGGAUAUAUCUCUCCAUGGACAGGGCGGUUCUACUCGCUUCUAGAUCCGACGUAUGCCAAGAUUCAUAUUCCCAUUAUUGCUUCAGUAUCUGAGCACCAACCGACCGCAUGGUCGUCUUUCAUGUUUGACUUUCACAUCCUUUUAAUCCUCUUUCCAGCUGGUCUUUACUUCUGUUUCAAAAAUUUAACAGAUGGAACCAUUUUCAUCAUUAUCUAUGGCAUGACAAGCUUGUACUUUGCGGGCGUUAUGGUGCGGCUCAUUUUGGUGGCCACUCCUGCCGUCUGCUUGAUUAGUGCUAUUGCAAUAUCAGCUACGCUCAAGAACCUCUCUGGCCUACUUAGAGAGAAGGCUCCGAUAUACACUUCGACUAAGAUAACAGCCAAGCAAAAAGCUUCUGCCAAGUCUGGAGCUGACCAGCCACUACCGUUCCAGAAGGAAGGAGCCAUGUUAUUGUUACUGGGCAGUCUAUAUCUAAUGAUCAGCUUUGUGAUUCAUUGUACAUGGGUCACUUCAGAGGCUUACUCUUCACCUUCAAUCGUAUUGGCAGCAAGACAGUCUAAUGGUGAUCGUGUAAUCUUUGAUGAUUUCCGGGAAGCUUACUAUUGGCUACAGCAUAACACACCUCCAGAUGCCAAAGUCAUGUCCUGGUGGGAUUACGGAUACCAGAUUACAGCCAUGGGCAACCGAACUGUCAUUGUGGAUAAUAAUACAUGGAACAACACACAUAUCGCAACUGUCGGGCGUGCCAUGGCUUCAAAUGAGGAUGAUGCAUAUGAAAUCAUGAGGCAGCUGGAUGUUAAUUACGUACUGGUGGUUUUUGGUGGUAUAACAGGGUAUUCUUCUGACGAUAUCAACAAAUUUCUUUGGAUGGUUCGAAUUGGCUCUGGUGUGUUCCCGGUGAUACAAGAGGCUGACUACCUCAACAACGGCGAGUAUCGUAUUGACAAGGAGGCAGCUCCUAAAAUGCUCGAAUGUCUAAUGUACAAGCUAUGUUACUAUAGGUUCGGAGAAAUGCAAACGGAAUAUGGCAGACCCAGCGGAUUUGAUCGUGCUCGAGGUGUUGAGAUUGGGAACAAGGAAUUCGAAUUGAAGCAUGUUGAAGAGGCUUUUACAACUCAAAACUGGAUUGUGCGCAUAUACAAAGUGAAACCUCCUGUUAAUCGAAAGUGAUCUACACCACAUUGCAUCCCAUCGUUUGAGGAUGAUUAGUGGACCCUUUUGCCGAAUCAAGCAUGUGAAGUUUUGUAUAAUCAACCACGUUUGGAUUAAACAAGAGGUAAUGCAAUUUCUGUGCGUCUGAAAUAUGAGGUGCUCUUUAUCUACCUUGGCGGCAAGUGAGGUAGUUAGAAUGAGGAGGAACACCUUAUCUUUGAUAUACUAAGUUCCUUAGCGUAGGAUGACUACCAAAGAUAAUGAUGUUUUCAAACCAUAAUUAGCUAAAUUUUGGUGACCAGAAAUCUGAUCCUGGUUGAGUGUGGACUCUACAUUUGUUGGACUUC